AAAGAGUUGCUCCUUUGAUUUUUAAAUACCUAUUAUGUCCUUGAGGGAAAAGAUCAACUGUGUAUUCUUGUAUUUCAGCACAUAAACAAAAGCAAUAUACUGGCUAAAUAAUUCCUUUCCUCGUAUCAAUUUUCUGUGACAUAUUUUGUUUCAGUGAAAGUGCAGAUGAAUUAAUAUGAAAUCCUCUUCUACUGAUUAACAGUUGAUCCAGAAAUGGUGAGACUUCCCUCGUUUCCCUCAUUUUACUUUCAAGAAAACCUGGUUCUCCAGCAAAGGAGUCAAAACAGUUAGCAUACGGAAUCUCUUUAAAAUCAAAGCACCAAAUGUAAGUCACUCUUAGGCAAGCUGAUUUUUCAUCGUCUGUUAAUUGAAAGCUUAAUUAAUUUUCUUUGGUAAUCAUGCAGAGAAUGAGACACAACCCACUGCGGUGGUCACCAGCUUGGUCGCAGAGCUGUGAACACCAGACUGAUGUCCUUUUACUCCGUAAGUUCUAGACAACCUUCUUCUGUGUGGAGGUACUGGAUUGGAUUUUCAAAAACAUUAGUUACAUUAAACAGUUAAGACAAAAACUUACACUAACCAUUUUUUAAAGCAGGUUUUAAAGCACUGUAUUUAAUAAUCUAUCAUUCAUUUCAUUUCAAUCCCCCCUCAAUCCUCUGUGACCUCAAGUUUUAAGCUAAAGAUACAAGUACAAUGGAGCAGUUUAGUCAAGCAAUUUAGAUGUAUAUUUAGUUUCCUCCUACCAUUUUCUUCUAUCAAGGUCUUCCAAUCCAGGCUAGCACUAUCUCGUGUUGGUAUGCCAGGAUAGCCUUGGCCUGGCAAAAUGUUUUAUGAGACACUGAACAAAGAACUAUCAGAGGCCCAUUGGAGAUUCACGCGGUUACCUCCAACCCAGGCACCUUAUCAUGAACACAAGAGGAAGGCUCUUCCCCACCUCCCUGCCUGAAAGUACGAUUGUAAGAGGUUAACCUACUGCUUUCUUCUCCUUUCCCUGGUCAUUUUUGUUUUACAAAAUACAUAUUUAUAAUAUAAAAAAUUGUAGCAUUAUCAUUACAAUUGGAAGAACAUCUACUGAAAUACCUAAUAUGACUGAUAACAUCUGGGCAAAAUAUCAGAUAAUUUCUCUGGAUGUAAAUUCAUUACACUGCUCAAACAAUUUCUGCAGUUUUUUUCCUUUUAAUGAGAGUUUUGAGGUUUUUUUCCUCAGUUAUGCCACGUGAAACACGAAUACACAUCAUUAAUAAGCUAUUUUUCAACAUAUUUUAAAAUCUAAAAUAUUUUAUGUUCAAUGAAAAGCAAUCAUAAAUUAUUUAUGUUUUGUAUUGAAUUUUUAUCCUAUUCUUGUAUAUCAGGAUAUCGAUUAGUAGAGUUAAAUUUAUUUCCUAUGAAUUGCUUGGUGAAUAGAUUUCCAGGGUUGCUGUACUUUCAUCAGAAGUUUCUGCUUUCACCAGAAGGGUAAACAAUAAUUUUCCUGAAUCAGCAGCAAAAUAAGGGAAAAAACUAUGUGCUGGCCAGAGCGCUACACUACCUGAGUUGCACUAAGUGCUACACUGGAGAAAGAGGGAGCAUAAACCAAGUUGCUGCAUAUUAUUAACUUAGGUGUUUGAGAAAGGGAAUAAUUGUGCCACAGAGCUCACUUUUCCUUCCUGCGGCUUUAAACGUUGACCGGAAGUGUUUCUCAUGUUCGUAUUGUAAUGCAAGAAAUGUACCGAAGGAUAUAAGCUCUGGGUGCUGUGAAUAGUUUAGCUUGACUAUUGCCACAGUCUGUAAAUAUUAUUAUAGUCGAUAGCUUAAGCAAAUUAAAGUAGUUGGAGUAGCCCUUCAAAUCCCGAUAGAAAACAAAGAUAAUAGAAAGAAAUGCUGCUUACACAACUUAAGAAAAGAGAAUAAGCUGUCCUUACUCAGAAAAUGUCCUUACACCUCCUUUGAUGCUCUUCUACCCCUUCCUCUGCUUUGUUUUCACUCUCACUCAACCCCUGCAUUCUAUUCCAUUGAGCACUAUUUAAUAUUUAUUACUUCUUUCACUUUAAAGUGGAGAUGCAAGUGCUAAUGUUAGUAAUUUUUAGAGAUGGGACUGUGUACUUGUGUCAGCCUGCUUGCAGAUGAUGCCUAAAACUAAAGUUGUCUCUCGGAGUAGCUCCGACUCAGGCAGUGUGGAAGCAGGUUCACUCUUCCAAGGAGCACUCUGCAUAAUGGCAAUCCUGGGCUGACUGCCCAAUAAAUGCCUUUGCUUCAUCACAGUCAUGCUUUCUUGCAUCAUUACAGUUAAAUUUCCAGGCACCGAAACCUACACUGACCCUGAAACUUGGGAGGACCCAAACAGAGCUGCCCAUCAAUUUGCCAAGGAGCUGGAUGCCUCUUGGAUUAAAAUUGAGCGUGUGAUUGAGCGUGCAGGGAAACCGGUCAUGAAUACACAGAGAAUGGGGCCUUAGAUGCAUUGCUUAGGUUUGGUAGAGUUUGACUCCCCCUAUGUGAAACAUGGCGUCCAAGACAAAGCAGAUGAAAGAAGACACAACACGCGCUGGGGAAGAACAGCAAAGGGCAAGAACUAAGAAUGAAGAUCAAUCCAAAGAAACAAGUGACGUGGAAGUGCUUGCACAGGAGAGGAAAUCAUGUUUGCAGAAGGAAUCCAAGAUUCUCAAUGAACUCAUGAACACGUACAUGGGAAGAGCAGAGAGCUUGAUGCAGGAAAAUAAAUUCCUAGAAAAGGAAGGCAAUCGGAUUCAGAAAGAGAGCGACGCCUACCUGUCCUACACAACAAAACGCAGCCAGAAGCGUGAGAACCUGGUAAUAACACUAAAUGACCAGAAUCACAUUCGCCUGUCUCAAGCCCAGAAGCUGACCUCACAGUGUGCAGCGAAGGAGGGGGAGGUCAGGAGAGCACUAAAGGAGAUGGAGACAAAGUUUUACCUUAUGAACGAGGAGGUUGAAGACCUGCGGCGUCUCAUAGGCCCAUCCACUCAGCUGGAACGGACGAAAAGGAUUGAAGAGCUGGAGAAAGAAUUACAGGUCACAAAGAUAGAGUGUGCAGAUAAAAUGCGCGAAAUCUGGAGUGAGUUCCUGCGGGACAAGGCUGCCUGUGAGAUGGACUGUCGCCAAAAGAUCCAGGUGCUCACCCAGAGAGCAGAAGCAGCAGCAAAACAAUGUCUGAGUGAGCAAGUCAAAGAAAUAAAGGCAGAGAAUCAGCACCUGCGCCAGGAACUGCACAGACUCAUCGAAGAAUCAAAAGCCCUUGAAGAAACCAAAGUCCGUCUGGAAGAGCAGCAGCAGCAGCUUCUUCGGGAGAACAAAUACAUUCUGAACAUGGCAUGUGCACGCUACCAGUUACGCCUGCAGCAGGCACACAGUGCAAAUAGCAAACCCUCCAGCUCUCACAGGUUGGAACACAUCCAUUGACCUAAAGAAACACUUCUCCACCCCUUGGUCAUGCCUGGACAGCCAGCUGUUGGGUUUACAGAGUAAAUGUCCUGUGGGUGGAUGAAGAGAUUGAUUUAUGUAGCGCAUGCUCAGCGUGCAAUCCAGACCGACGGUCUUCAAGGCAAUCUCAGCUUUAACUUUCAUGACAUCUGUAGUGAGAUAUUUGAAACUGCAAUCUCUUCACCUCCCUAAA